GACAAGGUCCUGACACUGGCACGGUCAAUGUCGGACAAGUAAAUAAGAGAGUUCACGAACACACCCUUGUUAUAAACAAGAGCUAGGAUCUGCAUGGGAAAUGGCGAAGAUCCGGCUGGUGUGCGUGCUUUUGUCGCAGGUGGUGUUGGUGGCAUGGCAUUCUUGGUAGCUGGGCAACCAUUCGAUACCGUCAAGGUACGAAUGCAGAGCCAAGCAAAAGGUACACUGUACAAAUCUUCAACAGACUGUUUGUACAAAACAGUCUCACGAGAAGGCAUCCGGGCCUUGUUUAAAGGAAUGUCAACUCCCCUCGCUGCUUGCAUCCCUUCUUAUGCUCUUUGGUUUCUGGGCCACGACCAUGCGAUAACUUUACAGCAGAAGCUACUUGGUAGACAGGAGAUGAGUCUCUGGAACCACGGAUUAGCUGGCCUGACAGCAGGUGCCUACAUGGUGACGAUAUUGGGUCCUGGAGAACGGGUUAAGUGCUUGCUACAGAUGCAGAUGGACAAAAAGCAGAGGAAAUACAAGGGACCACUAGAUGUUAUAAGUAAGACGUAUAGGGAGGGUGGUUUUAGAACGCUCGGUAAAGGAACUCUCGUUACCGGUCUCCGAGAUGUUCCUGGAUCCGGCCUGUUUUUUGUCCUGUACGAGUAUUUAAUCAGCAAAUAUGGGGAGUCCCCAACUUCUAUAACUAUGGCCGGGGGAGUGGCAGGAGUACUGAUGUGGUUUGUAGGAGUUCCCCCUGAUGUUAUAAAGACGCUCUACCAGACAGCACCACACGGGAAGUACAAGUCAUCUCUCCAGAUAGUACCUGAACUGUAUAAGUCAGAAGGGUUAAGCGGAUUCUACAAAGGAUUUGGUCCAAGUGGGAUACGAGCAUUCCUUGCCAACGGGAUAUGCUUGCUGACGUACGACCUGGUGAUAAAAACGUGGCAGAAACUGUACCCCUUAGCAAACAUGAACAUCAACCAUUCAACAAACGAAUACUGAAUUUUGCUUUUAAUUAAGUUAUGCUAUAUUACUUGAACAUCAUUUUGGUUUCAGAUUUUAUGAUAUAUUUAUUUCG